CUCAGCUUCACAGGCACUCAGGAGACCCUACAAGCUGUGUGUGCGUUUCUGUGUCAUUUCUCAAAGUCAUCAACCUGUGACAAGAAGACAUGGGCAGACAAAAGGAGUAUCUGGGUAAACUGUCCCGCUUCUUCCAGAUCCGCAACCUGCUGCUUCGUCAAGCCUUAGCAGAGUGUCUUGGCACGCUCAUCCUUGUAAUGUUUGGCUGUGGUGCUGUGGCCCAGCGGGUGUUGAGCGGUGGUUCCCAUGGCUUGUUCCUUACUGUCAACUUUGCCUUUGGCUUUGCUGCCAUGUUAGGCAUCUUGGUCUGUGGCCAAGUGUCAGGCGGCCAUCUCAACCCAGCAGUAACUUUUGCCUUGUGUCUGCUUGGAAGAGAGCGCUGGAGAAAGUUUCCCAUGUACUUCCUCUUUCAGACAAUUGGUGCUUUUUUUGGUUCCGCUAUUAUUUUUGGCAUGUACUAUGAUGCUCUGUUGCUCCGUCCUGGAAGUUUUAAUUUUACUAGCAUUAACAACACGGCUGGCAUAUUUUCAACUUACCCUGCGAGGCAUCUCACACUUGUCAAUGGUUUCUUUGAUCAGAUUAUUGGCACAACAGCGCUCAUAGUUUGUGUUCUGGCCAUUGUGGAUCCUUACAACAACCCUAUCCCCCAAGGGCUGGAAGCCUUCACUGUGGGAUUUGUGGUUCUUGUCAUUGGAUUGUCCAUGGGCUUUAAUUCUGGCUAUGCAGUCAAUCCUGCCAGAGACUUUGGACCACGUCUUUUCACCUCUAUGUCUGGGUGGGGGGGUGCUGUUUUCACGGCUAGAGACUGCUGGUUCCUGGUCCCUAUUUUUGCCCCAUUCCUUGGUUCCAUUCUUGGCGUAGUGAUUUACCAGUUGAUGGUUGGUUUCCACACAGAGGGAGAAGCACGUGACAAGAAACAGGGGACAGUCCAGCAGAACCUCCAACUUGCCAAUGUUGCUUCCUCAAACAACUCUAAAGAGGCUACCAAAGAAAUUUACUGAGGGUCUUGCAGAAAUACAGCUAGUCACUGCAUUUGGGAAUGCACAGUAUAACAGCAGCAUGUUUAUUUCCUGCCAUUUUUCUCAAGUUAUCUCUGUCUGUUUGGAUUUUUCCCCAGAUAGUUAUCAGGUCUUGUUACUGUAUCGGAGUUUUGAAAAAUGACUGUGUAAGUAGAAAAGCAAAUUCAGAAACACAGAAUUACAUUAAUUCUUUUAUGAGAUGAUUUUGUAUUUGAUCCUCUAUAAAACUUCAGUUUUUACACUAC